CGUACUCGUCCGCAACUCUACCUGUGCAUCUCGCGCACGUCCUGUGUGGUAUGUCGGGCGCUUCCAACCCUGCGCAGCCCGCCUCAACAACAGCCUGGACGGAGCCGCCAUGGUGUGGCUGGAUAGAGACGACGGGUGAUGCCCUUCUGAUCCUUGAAGCAGCGCGGAGAGGCAUUAUUCCUCGUGUUACCCGUCGUUUGGUGGAUUCUGAGAGGAAGAUGAUCACAUCCGGGUCAGUCUUUGUCUUCGAUGAGGAGGAAAGCGGGAUCAAGCGAUGGACGGACGGUUUCUUCUGGAGUCCAAGUCGCAUCCUGGGCAACUUCCUUCUCUAUCGCGAGACAGAUAAGCGAGGUGCUGGCCAUCGCGGCCUCCGAGCUGAACCAUCGGAGUACGAGGGUAACGGCCAUAACGGCCAGUAUGGCGCGCAGGGGAUGGGUCCAGAUCUUGCUCCUCUGAGUCGUCCUAAGGGCGAACCGCGCACGAUCAGCUUGGAUAAGUAUCGGGAGAGGACACUGCUGGGCAGUUUAACCAACAGUUAUAAGUUCAAGCCGGAUGGCUUAAUGAAGAAGACGUUUUCCUUGACCAUUGGUGGUGUGUCGCAGCACCUAAUAUCCUAUUACCGAGUCUCCGAUGUUGAGCAAGGGCGCUUACGCCCCCCAUCAUCGGUCCCGGAACUGGCGGCGCUGGAUAUAAGCCCCGAAUAUCUCGAUAAGACACAUUUCCGUAAUCCGCCCAAAGUCGAGCUCGGUGCAGACGGCGUAAUUCGUUAUCGAGGCGAGGCGGAUGAACUGGACCUUGCUCCACGAAUGUUCCCUUCCCCUUCGUACGGCGUGCCCUUGCUCGCCGAACCACGGAUACCCUCUCCUACUUCUGAUACCGGGUCUUCUGGACCAGGCAAGCGCAGUAAGCGCUAUGACCCGUACAAUAAUGGCGGUAAGCGUCGAAAGUCGAAGAACUCCCAGCAUACCCAGGAUUCUUCGGGCGACGCAGAGCAAGAGAUUCAGUCUCCCGUGGCAUCAUCUCCGGAAUCUCCUCAAUCGUACAUUGAUCAGGGAAUUACACCCGUGCCUCACUACGUGCCAUAUGGAGCGGCGCCCUAUGGCUACUAUCAAGGCUCGGGAGGUUAUGGCACGACGUCGCCCCCGCCCAUGUAUGGAACUGCGCCCUACGCGCCUGGUCAACCUGUGGCGUCGCCGACUGCGACAUCUCCUCAGGCCGGGUCCCCCACUUCGCCGCAGGGACCGUCCCCGCCGCCUCCGCCCUACCCAUCCUACGCGUCCGGUGGUGUCGAGACCAUGAUGCAACCUGCCCCGAUGCAGCAGCACAUGUACCCAUAUUAUCCCGCCCCUUAUACGUCGUACCCGCCAUAUUCCCCCCCUUCUGCAGGCUCUGCGGCAGGCCCGGGUAACGCUUGGUACAUGUCUUAUCCGCCGCCGACUCUGCCUGUCGGCAAAGCUCCAGGCAUCCCUGCCCUGGCUACGUCUUCCGCCCAUAUCACGCCUGUUGAGGAGAAUGACGAUGCUUAAGGACCCCGAGGCUUGGGGUUGUCGGUCUUCGGCUUGUUUCUUUCCUGAUCAUCCUUGUCGCCCAUGCACUGGUCCUGCUCUGUAUGAUGUCCCCUGUGUCCUUGCUUACGACCUGUAACGUACUGUAGUGUGUAGUGAUAUCUUCGUUAUUUUUUGCUUCCUGUCUGUCGCCUUUCUCCUCCUGACAUAUGUUCCCCUCCUGUCCACUUCCUCCUGUGCCCUUCUUGUCCGUAGUCUAGGGGUUCACCGAUAGUCGCUUGCCAUGCCUGCCUCUGCUUUAUACCGAUGUCCUGGCUCCUUGGAUUCACAUACCGUAUGUACAGUAUCGAGACUAAUGUUGUUCUACUCGACGGAUGUG